AUGUCAAGAACCCGGAUCCGGUUCCAAUCAAAUAAGGCGGGUACCCGCCUUUGCUCACCCGUACUAACAAUAGUAUUUUGUCACUUUGGUUCAAAAAUACAAAAAAAGAGGAAGCUAGAAAUAGCUAUCUUGAACAACUUUCUAGUCUUGGUAAGAAUUGUUGGACCUGAUGAUCAUAUGUAUCCCGAUUCUGUGGAUGUGCGUGGUGUGGAAUUUGGUUUGGGGAUAGGAUAUAACUCAAAACCCAAAGCAUCUCCUCCUACUGGAUCACCUGUUAAGUUGCUUAGGACAAGAGUGAUGCCUCAGUUGAAAAGCAGCUUUGUUGCUGCUUCAGCUUCAUCCAAUAAUUAUGGAAAUCAGGGGAGCAAGAAAAUGGUAUUGUCUGGCUUUGUUUCUGGUGGAAUCAACUUCAAGAGGAUGAAUAUAUUAUGUAGACAAGUCGUUUGA